AUGUUAACUCCGAGGUUCAAGUUAUCCCAGGAUGACAACCACGUCUAUAUAAACGUGCACGCUCCAUAUACAAAUCUUGGUGAUACGGAGAUAGACGUAGAAGGUGAAAAUUUUCUAUUCGUCUCAAGCCCAUACUUCUUACGUUUGCGUUUGCCCGGCAAGAUUGUCGAUAAUGACCGAUCUAAAGGUUCCUACAUAUGUGAUUCAGGAGACUUCAAUUUAUCGUUCGACAAACAAAAUCCUGGCGAACAUUUCGAGAAUUUGGACAUGAUAACUAGCUUGCUUGCCCCUAGAGAUAUACCAGAUCUAAAUCCUAAUCUUGUCGAAGAGCUUGAGGACAGUGAAAUAACAAUAGAUCUAGAUCCAGAAAGCGACCAUGAUGGAUGUAGCAAACACAGUUAUGGUUUUGCCAAUAAAAUAACUACUGAGUUUAGUAAUAUCGGUAAUGAAUUCCCUCAAAUUUUUGAAUUGAGAGUACCUGAAGAUGUGUCUAUAGAUGAACGCCAACCAUUGCGCAUCAAACAUGAAAAUGACAAAUUUUCUUCAGACCACUAUUUAGCAGAUUAUUAUGACACUGAAUUGCUAGAACCGUAUUUGAUGGAGAAUAUAAUGUCAAAUAGUCAGAACACUAAUACUGAAGCAGACUUUUCUGAUGAUGAAGUGGGUAUACUAAAAGAAUUGCCAAAUAAAAACUUUCUGCUGACUACUCUGGAAUAUAAGGAAGUCUUAUAUGGGUUAGUUGAUAUUCUCUAUGGUUAUUGUUAUGAUAAACGUACAACUUUGAAUGAAAGUACUGUAGAAUCGAGUUGGACUAUAAACAAACUAUCUUCAACUCUGAGUUGGUUCUGCGUGUUUAAAGAUGUGCGACAAGUUUUGAUUGCUUGCUACAGACGUGCGUUAAUUUAUCCAAUAUUCAGAAAUUUUUAUUUGUGCAAUAGAGUGAAAAAUGAUUUAGUUACAUUAUUCCGUAGAGGAAAAAAGUCUGUCAUUAAAGCUAUGAUUGAAAUACAUCAAAUGUUUAACACUAGUAAUGAUGCAAGAUAUAUUUUAAACCAGUUGUAUAUAAAGGAUUAUUUGGUAUUUUUACAAAAAUGUGGAUCUGAGGAAUUAGAUGAGUUGUGUAACAAUAUAGCAAACAUUGAAAUAUCUAAAAAUGAUUUAGGUUUAGAAUUAUUGGAAUUAGAACAAGCUGCAGAGAUGGUACAGCAGGAAGAAAUAUCAAUCAUGCAAAAUGAAAUGGCUGUCCAAAUGGCUUCCAUGACUUUGUUGCCUGGUUUACAAAAACAUGAACAACUAUGUUUUGAUGAUGACAGUGAUAACGAUUCAGACUCCUCAUCGGACAGCAGUGAUUCCUCAUACGAUUCUUCUGAUGACCUUGAUUCCGAUGAUGACUCAUCCUGA